CAAAACCAGCUAACUACUUCCGGGGGUUAUAUUAUCAAUGAUUUUGUCACUUGUGUGAGAUUAAAACACUUCUCUGGUGUUUGUCUUUUGUUGUUGUAAAAGAUGUCGUACAACUACGUGGUAACAGCCCAGAAACCCACGGCGGUGAACGCCUGCAUCACCGGUCACUUCACCUCUGCAGAAGACCUGAAUCUGCUCAUAGCCAAAAACACACGUUUGGAAAUUUAUGUCGUCACACCAGAGGGUCUCAGACCCGUCAAAGAAGUGGGCAUGUAUGGAAAGAUUGCUGUCAUGGAACUCUUCCGGCCUAAGGGUGAGACCAAAGACCUGCUGUUCAUUCUCACAUCCAAGUACAACGCAUGCAUCCUUGAAUACAAACAGAAUGGGGACAGCAUUGACAUCAUCACACGUGCCCACGGCAAUGUCCAGGAUCGUAUUGGUCGUCCAUCGGAGACAGGCAUUAUUGGAAUUGUAGACCCAGAGUGCCGCAUGAUUGGUCUCCGUCUUUAUGACGGGUUGUUUAAGGUGAUCCCAUUGGACCGGGACAACCGUGAGCUAAAGGCCUUCAACAUCCGCCUGGAGGAGCUUCAGGUCAUCGACGUGCACUUUCUGUAUGGCUGCCAGGCACCAACUGUCUGCUUCAUCUACCAGGACCCACAGGGACGCCAUGUGAAGACCUAUGAGGUUUCUCUGAGAGAGAAGGAGUUCAACAAGGGCCCCUGGAAACAGGAGAAUGUGGAGGCUGAGGCAUCAAUGGUCAUCCCAGUGCCAGAGCCAUUUGGUGGCGCUAUUAUCAUAGGACAAGAGUCCAUCACCUACCACAAUGGAGACAAAUACUUGGCCAUUGCACCACCUACUAUCAAGCAAAGUACCAUUGUCUGUCACAACCGGGUGGAUCCCAAUGGCUCUCGCUACCUGCUGGGAGACAUGGAGGGACGUCUGUUCAUGCUGCUGUUGGAGAAGGAGGAGCUCAUGGAUGGCACAGUGGCUCUCAAAGACUUGCAUGUAGAGCUGCUCGGAGAGACAUCUAUUGCUGAGUGUUUGACCUACUUGGAUAAUGGUGUGGUCUUUGUAGGUUCCAGAUUGGGUGAUUCCCAGUUAGUGAAGCUCAAUGUGGACAGCAAUGACCAGGGCUCAUAUGUGGCGGUAAUGGAGACGUUCACUAAUCUGGGGCCCAUUGUGGACAUGUGUGUUGUAGACCUGGAGAGGCAAGGCCAGGGCCAGCUGGUGACAUGCUCAGGCGCAUUUAAGGAAGGCUCUCUUCGAAUAAUCCGUAAUGGCAUUGGCAUUCAUGAGCAUGCCAGCAUUGACCUGCCGGGAAUCAAAGGUUUGUGGCCACUUCGCUCUGAGGCAGGCAGAGACACCGAUGACAUGCUGGUACUGUCUUUUGUGGGUCAAACACGAGUGCUGAUGCUGAGUGGUGAGGAAGUGGAGGAGACUGAACUUCCCGGCUUUGUGGACAACCAGCAGACAUUUUACUGCGGCAAUGUGGCACACCAGCAGCUUAUUCAAAUAACAUCAGGCUCUGUGCGCUUGGUGCUCCAAGACAGCAAGGCAUUAGUGAGUGAAUGGAAGGAACCACAGGGCAGGAACAUCAGUGUGGCUGCUUGCAACCACACUCAAGUGGUGCUUGCCGUUGGCCGUGCCCUCUACUACCUGCAGAUCCUGGCAGGGGAGCUCAAACAGAUCAGUACCACAGAGAUGGAGCACGAGGUGGCCUGUUUGGACAUCACGCCCCUGGGGGAGGCUGGAACUGAGUCACCGCUCUGUGCCGUGGGACUGUGGACUGACAUAUCAGCCCGUGUUCUCAAACUGCCCUGCUUCACAGCUCUGCACAAGGAAAUGCUGGGGGGAGAGAUCAUACCCCGGUCAAUCCUAAUGACCACCUUUGAAGGCAGCUACUACCUGCUCUGUGCCCUGGGUGAUGGAGCGCUCUUCUACUUUGGUCUGGAUCUGCAGACUGGUGCCCUAAGUGAGCCCAAGAAGGUCACCCUCGGCACCCAGCCCACUGUGCUGAGGACCUUCAGAUCACUUUCCACUUCAAACGUCUUCGCUUGCUCUGACCGACCAACUGUCAUCUAUUCCUCCAACCACAAGCUGGUCUUCUCCAAUGUCAACCUUAAGGAGGUCAACUACAUGUGCCCACUCAACUCUGAGGGCUAUCCUGACAGUCUGGCUCUGGCCAACAACAGCACUCUGACCAUUGGUACCAUUGAUGAGAUUCAGAAACUCCACAUUCGCACAGUUCCUCUCUAUGAGUCACCCAGGCGAAUCUGUUACCAGGAGGUUUCCCAGUGUUUUGGAGUUCUAUCCAGCAGGGGGGAGAUUCAGGAUGUAAGCGGCACCACAUCUGCUGUUCGCCCCAGUGCGAGCACUCAGGCUCUCUCCAGCAGUGUUAGCUCCAGCAAGCUCUUCCCCAGCAGCACCUCUCCCCAUGAGACCUCCUUCGGUGAAGAAGUAGAGGUCCACAGUCUGCUCGUCGUGGAUCAGCACACCUUUGAAGUUCUCCAUGCCCAUCAGUUCCUCCCUAGCGAGUAUGCCCUCAGCAUGGUGUCAUGUCGUCUGGGAAAAGACCCAUCAGUGUAUUUCAUUGUUGGCACCGCCAUGGUGUACCCAGAGGAGGCUGAGCCCAAGCAGGGACGCAUUGUAGUCUUCCACUACACUGACGGUAAACUGCAAACUGUGGCAGAGAAGGAGGUGAAAGGUGCCGUUUAUUCUAUGGUGGAGUUCAAUGGCAAACUGCUGGCCAGCAUCAAUAGUACAGUUCGUUUGUACGAAUGGACGGCUGAGAAGGAACUGAGAACUGAGUGUAACCACUACAACAACAUCAUGGCCCUUUACUUGAAGACCAAAGGAGAUUUCAUUCUGGUGGGAGACCUGAUGAGGUCGGUCCUGCUGCUGGCAUACAAACCUAUGGAGGGUAAUUUUGAAGAGAUUGCUCGCGACUUUAAUCCUAACUGGAUGAGCGCAGUUGAAAUCCUGGAUGAUGACAAUUUCCUGGGGGCAGAGAACGCCUUCAAUCUGUUUGUCUGCCAGAAGGACAGUGCGGCCACCACAGAUGAAGAGCGGCAGCACCUGCAGGAAGUGGGGGUCUUCCACCUCGGGGAGUUUGUCAAUGUCUUCUGCCACGGCUCGCUGGUGCUGCAGAACCUGGGCGAGAGCUCCACACCCACCCAAGGCUCUGUGCUCUUCGGCACAGUUAACGGCAUGAUUGGUCUGGUGACGUCUCUGUCCGAGGGCUGGUACAGCCUCCUCCUGGACCUGCAGAACCGUCUCAACAAGGUCAUCAAGAGCGUGGGCAAGAUCGAGCACAGCUUCUGGAGGUCCUUCCACACCGAGCGUAAGACAGAGCAGGCCACAGGAUUCAUCGAUGGGGAUCUGAUUGAAAGUUUCCUGGAUCUCGGCCGAGCUAAGAUGCAGGAGGUCGUUAGUACUCUACAGAUCGAUGACGGCAGCGGCAUGAAACGUGAAGCCACGGUGGAUGAGGUGAUUAAGAUUGUGGAAGAGCUGACGAGGAUUCACUAACCUCACUGCCACCUGGACUCCUGCUGAUUGAGAGGAGCGUCCAGAGGAGGAAUUCCACACAAAAACAACAUGGCAGGGGGAUGGGACUGGGUUUUGCAGAUUUGUAAAUAAAAAUAAAGAGUCUGUGCAUGUUCGUCCUUCAGACUUCAAUGAUAUGUGAACUGUUGACUGUGCUGGACGAAGUGUAGCACUGCUUAUUUAGUCAGCUGUCUUUAGGCAAAGUGCAUUGUCAUGUUUGGACAACAACAACAAAAAGACCAAAGUAAAGACAUUGGUCCGAGUGAUGAGUUUGUGUGCGACUGUGUGGAAUAAUGUCUGACUAUAACUAGAUAAACCUACAACAUGUGACUGUGACGGGCAGGUUAAAGGUCAUAGCAGAUCAUCUACACCCUUCUAAAUCUGAAAUUGACACUUUUCAAGGUUAUUGUUGAAGUCUGGAGUAAAACACGCUGUAUGAGAACAAAAUUGAGGUAAAUGAUAGAUUUAUAGCUAUUUUGUCUGUGUGAUGUUUUCUUUGUUUAUUUUAAUAAAUUUUGCUUUAGUACUGGUAA